AUGGAGGAUUCUGUUCUCGGCAGGAAACGUCAAAGGACGGACACAAGCCCCUUCGACGAUAUGGAUACAGAAAGCCAGAAACCCGAACCCCAGUCACCGAGAAAACCUUCUGUAGGCGGCGAAAGCGUAGUUUGGGAGCCCUUUGGGAUACCUCAGAGGAACAAAUUGCGCCUUGCUGUUGGGCCCGAACGGAUAUCGAUUGUAGUAGACUACUGGGCAAUCGAGCACAUAUCUCCAGUCCUACAUCACAUGAUUCGCAGGGCCCUGGAUGACAGAGGACUUGCAGAGAAUGAUGAACAAUACGUGGAGCUGCGUAUUCCGCAAGAAAAGCCCGAGAUCAUCAUGAUAUUCCUCGGGCUCGUCUAUGCGACACGACUUCCGCAGUAUGACAACAUCACUCCAUCACAGCUUCUGGACUUGGCAUUACUCGCCGAUAAGUGGGUGUGCACGGAUCGUCUUUUUUAUAGUGUCGAGUAUUACUUCUCGCGCCUCGGAUUGUUUUCCUCGCCUGAAGGCCUCUGGCAAGCAUACGCGGCCUCGUACAUGCUAGCAAAGUCCAACUAUUUCCAAGUCUAUAGCAACCGGCUGACCUCCUCGUACCGAGGAUCAUUUUUACCCUUUGUGAAAUUGAUGCCUGACAUUGCCCUGAGUGCAAGGCUUUGCCUGGCCUUGGAAGAGAGACGAUCCGCUAGGGGGGGUCUCAACGGUACCAGUGGUAUUUUGUGCCUUGAUUGUUUUCGCAAGGCAACGGAUAGCUUUUUGCCAAACCGAGACUGCUCAUCUUGUAGAGGUUGUCUGGCGACACUCCCACCAGCAUCUUUGACUCCACAAGAGCUGCCCGCCGCCACGAACAUACCAUUUGCUGAGAAGACCGCCGACGGCUCACCUACAAACAUAGAGGGGUCCAAAUCCGCUGGAUUCAAAGGCUUUUCGGGGAAGCUGCCCAAGAUGGUGCCAGCUCAGACGGCGGAAGAAGGUAAACGUGGACUGCGACUCGUUCCUGCUGCAAGUAGUAGCAGCACGCCUACUCGACCCUAA